AUGCCGUCAUUCAAGCAUCUCCUCCUUCCCAUAACCCUCCUCCUCGCCAGCACAACAGCAUCCACCUGCCCAAAGAACUGGCUAGAAAACACUCCACCCGACGGCAAUUCCAAAUGCUGCUACGGCAACAUGGUGAUCGAUGACACCGACGCCUUCUGCUGCGUGAACGACAUGACUCCGUCCGAAGAAACAAGCGACUCGACCACGACAACCGAUGAUUAUGAUAGCUGGUCCACGGCCGGCGAUUGUUUUACCAAAAUACCAUUCACUGCGAGUGACUAUUCGGAGCAGGUGUCUUCGGCAUCGUCCAAGGUUUUAGCUACCAGGACUAUUAUGGUUAAUGAGGCGACUUCUACGACUGCCAGUUCGAGCUCGGCUUCAAGCACCAGCUCCAAUGCCAGUUCGAGCUCAGCAGCAAGCACGAGCUCCGAUGCAAGCUCGAGGCCUACUGCUUCCACCACCACUAAUGCGGCUAUGCCGAUUGCCACGGCUCAAGAAAUGGUGGUUGGCGCCGCCGUGAUCGUCGGGAUUUUCGUACUAUGA